UCCCGAUUCUGGUCCCCGGCCCCCAGCAGCGCCUGCCCCCUUCCCACCGGGGCCCCCCAUGAUGCCACCACCCUUCAUGCCCCCUCCAGGAAUCCCUCCACCCUUUCCCCCGAUGGGGCUACCGCCCAUGAGUCAGAGACCACCAGCUAUCCCCCCCAUGCCACCUGGCAUCAUGCCCCCAAUGUUACCACCAAUGGGGUCACCACCACCACUCACACAGAUACCAGGAAUGGUACCUCCCAUGAUGCCAGGAAUGCUGGUGCCCGCGGUGCCUGUCACCGCAGCGACGGCUCCAGGUGUGGACACCGCCAGCUCUGCUGUGGCUGGGACAGGCCCUCUGAGGGCCCUAUGGAGUGAGCACGUGGCCCCUGAUGGGCGUGUCUACUACUACAAUGCUGACGACAAGCAUUCCGUGUGGGAGAAGCCCAGCGUGCUCAAAUCUAAGGCUGAGCUGCUGCUGUCCCAGUGUCCUUGGAAAGAGUAUAAGUCAGACACAGGCAAACUUUACUACUAUAACAACCAGAGUAAGGAGUCCCGCUGGACCCGGCCAAAGGACCUGGAUGACCUGGAGGCUCUAGUCAAACAAGAGGCAGUAGGGAAACAGCAGCAGCAGCAGCCACAGACACUACAGCCGCAGCCUCCUCAGCCACAGCCUGACCCACCACCUGCACCUCCUGGCCCCACCCCAGUGCCUAUGGGCCUCCUGGAACCUGAGCCAGGUGGGAGUGAAGAUUGUGAUGUAUCAGAUGCUGCCCAGUCCCUGGAGCAGGGGUUCCUGCAGCAGCCAGAAGAGGGCCCCAGCAGUUCUGCUGGACAGCAUCAGCCACCACAACAGGAGGAAGAGGAGUCAAAGUCAGAACCAGAGAGGUCUGGCCUCAGUUGGAGCAACCGUGAGAAGGCAAAACAGGCCUUUAAGGAGCUGCUGAGGGACAAGGCUGUCCCCUCCAAUGCCUCAUGGGAACAGGCCAUGAAGAUGGUAGUCACCGACCCCCGUUACAGUGCCUUGCCCAAAUUGAGUGAGAAAAAGCAGGCAUUCAAUGCCUACAAGGCGCAGCGGGAGAAGGAGGAGAAGGAAGAGGCCCGGCUAAGGGCCAAGGAGGCUAAACAGACCUUGCAGCACUUCCUGGAGCAGCAUGAACGCAUGACCUCCACCACCCGCUACCGGCGAGCAGAACAGACCUUUGGGGAGCUGGAGGUCUGGGCUGUGGUCCCUGAGAGGGAUCGAAAAGAGGUUUAUGAUGAUGUCCUCUUCUUCCUGGCCAAGAAGGAGAAGGAACAGGCCAAGCAACUCCGGCGCCGCAAUAUCCAGGCCCUGAAGAGCAUCCUGGAUGGGAUGAGUAGUGUCAACUUCCAAACCACAUGGUCACAGGCCCAGCAGUACCUCAUGGAUAACCCCAGCUUUGCUCAGGACCAUCAGCUUCAGAACAUGGAUAAGGAAGAUGCGCUGAUCUGCUUUGAGGAGCACAUCCGAGCUUUGGAGAGGGAAGAGGAGGAGGAGCGGGAGCGGGCCCGGCUUCGGGAGCGGCGCCAGCAAAGAAAGAACCGGGAGGCCUUCCAGACCUUCCUGGACGAGCUGCACGAGACAGGGCAGCUGCACUCUAUGUCCACCUGGAUGGAACUAUACCCAGCGGUCAGCACUGAUGUCCGCUUUGCCAACAUGCUGGGCCAGCCGGGCUCCACCCCUCUGGACUUGUUCAAGUUCUAUGUGGAGGAGUUGAAGGCACGAUUCCAUGAUGAAAAGAAGAUCAUUAAGGACAUCCUUAAGGACCGGGGCUUCUGUGUGGAGGUGAACACAGCCUUUGAGGACUUCGCCCACGUCAUAAGCUUUGACAAGAGGGCUGCUGCGCUGGACGCAGGCAACAUCAAGCUGACCUUCAAUAGUCUACUGGAGAAAGCAGAAGCACGGGAGAGAGAGCGGGAGAAGGAGGAGGCACGAAGACUGCGGCGCAGGGAAGCUGCCUUUCGAAGCAUGCUGAGGCAGGCCGUGCCUGCUCUGGAGCUGGCCACUGCCUGGGAAGAGGUCCGUGAGCGCUUUGUGUGUGACUCAGCCUUUGAGCAGAUCACCCUGGAGUCGGAGCGGAUCCGGCUCUUCCGGGAGUUCCUGCAGGUACUGGAGACUGAAUGCCAGCACCUCCACACGAAAGGCCGAAAGCACAGCAGAAAAGGCAAGAAGCACCAUCACAAGCGUUCUCACUCACCCUCAGGCUCCGAGUCGGAAGAGGAGGAGCUGCCCCCACCAUCUCUCCGGCCUCCCAAACGGAGACGGCGGAACCCCUCCGAAUCUGGCUCUGACCCCUCUUCCUCACUUGAUUCAGUUGAAAGUGGGGGUGCUGCCCUUGGAGGACGAGGCUCCCCAUCCUCCCGCCUUCUCCUUGGAUCAGAUCAUGGCCUUCGAAGAGCCAAGAAACCAAAAAAGAAAACUAAAAAGAGAAGACACAAGUCGAACAGUCCUGAGAGUGUGACAGACCCUGAGGAGAAAGCUGGCAAGGAGAGUGAUGAGAAAAAAACAGAACAGGACAAGGACAGGGAGCUCCGGCUGACAGAGCUCCCUAAUCGCUCCCCAGGUUUUGGAAUCAAAAAGGAGAAGACGGGCUGGGACACAUCAGAAAGUGAGCUGAGUGAGGGUGAGCUGGAAAGGCGGCGGCGGACACUCCUGCAGCAGCUGGAUGACCACCAGUGACCUGACCAGCAGCUCUGUCUUGGGUCUGUGUGAGGCUGUGGCUGCUAGGUCACCCUCACCAUCUGCCCCAGACUCCUUCCUUAGUCUGGUCUGUUCCCAUUUUUCUUCAAGUAACCCCACCCCCAACGCACUAUUGCCAGCACCUCCUGAGGUUGCUCAUGGUGUUCAAGGGUCCCCCACUUCCCGAACAACUAGUGCAGUCCUUGCCCUUAGACCCACAUGAGAUUGGUGGUAUAUGCCAUGUGGGGUUGGGUGGUGCCAGUAGCUAGAAUGUGAGAAGGGGCCUCCAGGGAAGAGUGACAGGCUGGUGGACACAGCCUGGGUGACAGAGGGUGGGGUCCUUACCCUCUAGCAUCAGUGCCUGUUCCUGCCUGCCCGGGGCCCUGGGGCUCUACCACUCCUUCCUCCAGCCCUGGGACCCAGUGUAUGUGUGUUUUGUUUUGGUUUUGUUUUAUAAAUAAUAAUAUUUAUAACA